AUGAAGGUUAUUGUGACACUGCUGGCGCUGUGCGUCUACGCCAACGUGUGCGGCGCUGCACGUCCCCUGAGAGACGUUCCUGCCCGCCGCAGCGCCCUCCGCGGCCUGUCGCAGUACUUUGUCGACGACCAGCGCCUCACGGGCACGAACAUCUUCGCCAACCAGCACUUCAGCCGAAUGAGGCUCCCGUCCGCCCGCGACCUGAUCAGCAACAACGCCCAGAUCGAGGCGUCCACCCCCGACGGCGAUAAGUCCUACCUCAUCGACAGCCAGGCCACCCAGGUCAUCAAGCGCCAGGACUAUGAUGCAACCAAGGACCUGCUCAAUCAGCAGGUCGAGUCCGCGACGCGCAACGCCCCCGACAAGGGCGACGCCAGCUACCCGAACACGGUCGCCGGCAGCACGACCUCCAUUACGACGACGGCGGUGGCGCGAUCUCGGUGA